UUCUAAUUCAUCCCCAAUUUCUAAGCGGGAAAAUCCCAAAAUUCAAAGUCGUUCUCGAUCUACACCGCCCCACCACCACCGCACCCACCGGAAAAUUCAUCCAAAUUUUUUUCCGCCAUGGAUGAAAUUAUAGCUCGAAUAGUUGCGAAUCUCGGAACGCAAGCACCAAUUUCGCGUUCUGCUCUCGCCGAUUUAGAGAUACUGUUGGAUUACACUCUGAAGACCGACGACACAAUCGAUCUCGAGAAUUUCUACAAUGAGCUUUCUUCGAGAAAUAUCUCACUCAAUUCGCUCACCGACGCCAUUUCUUCGGCCAUGGAUUCUGGGCUCAGCUCAAGCAAUUCGAUUUUGGCAUCAAAAGUUUAUCUUUCACUCCUUCUAUCCCCCAAUUCCCCAGUCUUCACACUUUUUACGCCUGUGGCUUUUCUCAGCCUCCUCCGUGCAAUACGAUUGUCUGUAAAGAAUCACUCUUCUGUUUCGAUUGAAGAGUCCUUGUCCAGAAGCCCGGGCCGAAAGAAGAAAGGAAAGAGAAAUGUUGGUGGGAAUAAGAGCAGGGUGGAAAGUAGGGAUUCGGAGGAGAACGAGGGUGGAGAGGGAGGUUAUGAUGUCAAAGAUUUGUUUUCUUUGCUUGAUAAGAUGAAAAUGGUGAUGGAUUUGGUCCAUUUGGACAGGUUUUCGGAUUGUUUGAAGGCUUUGGUUCAGACUGUGUGCGAGAUUCCGAUGCUAGCCGUUGAUUAUUGGGGGAAUACGGGGAGUUUCAGGAGGUUAUGUGAGUUGUGUUCUCAGGUUUUGACCGAAGCGUUGAAAUCCGAGCAUGGGAACCAGGGGGAAACUGCUGCUGAGGUAUUGAAGGCAUUAGCCCCUCUAAUUUUGUCGUCUAAAUCACAGAUUAGAACCUUCGGUUUGCUUUUUGUGGUGAAUAAGAUGGUCGGUAUGGGCGAAAGUUGUGUUGACAUUAUGAAGGCGGUUGCAAACAUGCCAAAGUAUUUGGUGCAGAAAUCCCCGGAAAAGACUGAAGCGAGGGGGUUAGCUGUUGAGUCCAUCAUGGAAAUUGUGAAGGCUUUAGAUUCCGAUUCUCAAGUUGGAUUUGCUGAUUAUGUAGUAAAUAUGAGCCAAGGGAAAGGGCAGUUUAGGCUUUUAUCUGUGGAUCUAAUCCCGGUUUUAUUGAUGUCAUUGAAGGGUCCUUUCGGAUUUGAUAUGGUUGACGGGGUUGAGAAUUCACGGGGUUUGAGGCUAUUAGAAGCAUUGAUUCAGCGCUGCUCUGAUUCGACAGUUGGUGUUAGAGCUAGAGCUUUAACAAACUUAGCUCAGGUUGUGGUGUCUUUGUCGGGGAAUGACAAAAGUAGAACGGUGUUGAAAGAGUUGAUGGGGUUUGGGCAUGAGGGGAUUAACGGGAUUAACAAUAUCCUAAAGCUACGCUGUAUGGAUGAAAAAGCUGCAGUUCGAAAGGCAGCUCUGUUGCUGAUAUCCAAAUUGACAGCACUUUUAGGAGGCGAAUUUGACGAGGAACUGCUAAAGACAGUAGGCAUGGCUUGUUCUGAUCCACUUGUUAGCAUUAGGAAAGUUGCUGUCUCGGCUCUAUCUGAGGCCUUCAGGACACACUCAACCCGUCUCGUGACCAAUGAGUGGGUGCAUUCUGUUCCACGUUUAAUAGGUGACAAUGAAACUAGCAUCCAAGAGGAAUGCGAGAAUCUUUUCCUUGAACUGGUUCUUGAUCGCAUAACUAGGGUUGGAUCGAGCUGUUCAGCCAAUUACGACCCCAUUGCUCACGAUGCAAAGGGCAAGAAAAAUGUCUCGGAUACGGAAACAGAGUUGUUAUAUCCAGAGGGAGUUCUAGGAUUGCUGAAAGAGAUUUGCAACACAGAGGUAUCACCUUGGGUGAAGAAGAUCUGCUCAGGUCUGGGGAAAAAGAAAAAGCUCCAGAAGAGAAUUGUUACCUCGCUUCAAAAUAUCAUCAGGACAUCUGAAACUCAAUGGCUAAAAAAUUGCAUGCCGAUAGAGAAGUGGACAGCGCCACCUGGCGCUUGGUUUUUGUUGUCUGAAGUAUCUGCAUUCCUCUCAAAAGCAGUUGACUGGGAGUUCCUUCAUCAUCAUUGGCAGCUUCUUGAUAAGUAUAAAUCUGUUGGUCAACCCCAAAGCCCUCUUCCAGGGGAAUAUGCAGGGAAAGACAAGAUUGAUUUAGAAUCUAGUUCUGUUGAUUGGGCGAGAGAUCGUGUCUUUCUAUUGCAGGCAAUUUCUAAUGUUUCAAUGGAGCUUCCUCCUGAACCUGCUGCAGAUCUAGCGCAAAAUUUACUCCAACGACUUGAAGGGUUCAACAUGCAUACAACUGAGGUUAAUGCUCAUGUAAAAGCACUGAGAACAUUGUGCAGACGUAAGGCUUCAGGUCAGGAAGAGGCUGAUAACCUUGUAAUGAGAUGGGUGAACCAGCUUCAAUCUAAAGCCUCCAAAGUUUUAGACAUGUGCAUGUCUGAAAUUUCUGAUGCUGAUAGGAUAAGUGCUCUUCUUACACCACAGAGCACUGUACGUCGGAAAGAACCAAGAAUGUCAGACACCGUGUCGAAACUAUUAGCAAACACAAUUAUUGCCGUUUAUACCAUUGGGUCAUUGGUAAUUAUCUGUCCUUCAGCCAAUUUAGAAACAAUUGUUCCAACCAUACAUGCCAUCAUCACUUCAGGGAAUUCCGAUCCAAAGUCAAGAAAACAAACUGGGCCCGUCGUUCGUAUGAAGCAGAUCGCCCCAUCCUUAUACUUACAAGCAUGGCUGGCCAUGGGCAAAAUUUGCCUAGCUGAUGGAAAACUUGCAAAGCGCUAUCUUCCUCUUUUUGUGCAGGAGCUUGAGAAGAGUGAGUCUGCUGCACUACGCAAUAACAUAGUAGUGAUGAUGGCAGAUUUUUGUGUGCGAUACACGGCUAUGGUUGACUGUUAUAUGUCAAAGAUCACAAAGUGUCUGCGAGAUCCAUGUGAAGUGGUAAGAAAGCAAACAUUUAUUCUACUGUCCAGGCUAUUACAGCGGGACUAUGUCAAGUGGAGAGGAGUGCUCUUCCUUAGAUUCCUGUUGUGUUUAGUUGAUGACUCAGAGAAUAUUAGGCAAUUAGCUGAUUUCCUCUUUGGGAAUAUCUUAAAAGCAAAGGCCCCACUUUUAGCUUAUAACAGCUUUGUGGAAUCUGUCUUUGUCUUGAAUGACUGCAACGCACAUACAGGACGUAGCAACACCAAUAAUUCACGCAAUGAAAACCGUCUUUUUUCAAUUAGAGGAAACGAUGAGAAGUCAAGGUCUCAAAGGAUGCACAUUUAUGCCACCUUGUUGAAACAAAUGGCCCCAGAGCACCUUCUUGCCACCUUUGCAAAAGUAUGUGCUGAAAUUCUUGCUGCUGCAUCGGAUGGUUUGCUCAUUCUAGAAGACACUACUUCCCAAUCAGUUUUACAGGAUGCAUUCCUCGUACUCUCUAGCAAAGAGAUCCGAAUUCAGACCAAUCACGGACCAUCUUCGGAGGCAUUAGACGUAGAAGACGAAGGUGGAGACAGUGCGAAAAACGGGAGAGCAAUAACUCAAGCAGUCAGAAAAGGGCUCAUCCAAAACGCAAUCCCCAUUUUCAUCGAACUAAAACGCCUUCUAGAGAGCAAAAACAGCCCUCUCAUAGGCUCACUCAUGGAUUGCCUGAGAAUCCUUCUAAAGGACUACAAGAGCGAGAUCGAAGACAUGUUAGUUGCCGAUAGGCAACUCCAGAAAGAACUCAUAUACGAUAUUCAGAAAUACGAAUCAAUGAAGGCAAAGAAUACAGCUGCGAACAUGUACAGAUCGGAGGCUUAUCUUUCGCCUUACGCUGCUGCAAAGAGCAAAAAGUUGCCGGAGAAUGUUAAAGUGGCGUCGGCAGUGGCUGAUGCCGUGGCGGCAGCCACCGCGAGAUCGGUACUGAGAGAAGUGAACAACGGUGCUUCGACGCCUCUCAGUGCGAUGAAUGUGCCUAAGCUUAAGUCUCGGACAGUGGGGCAAAAUCGGGAGAGUAAUUUACGGGGAGAUAGGCCGGUUGGGGUGAUUGAAUCUUUGAGGAGAAGACAGUCAUUUGACACUGAUGAUGAGAAUUGAGAAAGUGAGUUUGGAUUUGUAUAGAGAAAUGUUUGAGUUAAGAAGAAUGAUUGUUCUAACCAAUGUUGUUGUAACCGAAUCUAUUAUAAUUCUGAACUCGAGAAUUAGUCGGACGAGGUUCGGACAUUUCGAUUAUUUAAAAAAGAAAAAAAUCAUCCCAGGA